AUGCGAAGCAAAUGUCCUGUUUCUAUUUUCAUUGUUCCGCUAGUAACGACGACAGUUAGGGCAGCCGCAAGCCCACUCUUUGUGCCAUUCUAUGGCACUAGUGCCAAUGGAUUUAAUGGACCUCCUCGCGGAUGGAACUCUUUUGGCAUGCAAGCUCGCGCGGGCACCUCGUUCGUUCUGAAUCAAAAUGAUGUUCAGAGCCAGUGUGACCUUCUUAAUGUCACUGUUGGAUAUACAUUGUGCAGCUUGGAUUCAGGCUGGUCAGGAAAUGGCGGCGAUGAAUUUGGUCGACUUGUCCCGGACACAUCACUCUUCCCGAACUUAACAGCGUUGGCCGACCAUCUACACUCCCAGGGAAAGCUCCUUGGAAUAUAUGCACUUCCGGGAGCAUUCUCGGGAGAUGCAGACAUUACGGUGGAGGGGACUAAUAUAAAGCUCGGAACACUAUUUGAUACUAGUCAACCAAGCUACAAUUUGAGGCAGACAUUUGAUUUCAGCAAAGAUGGCGUGCAGCAAUGGCACAAUUCUGUAGUUAACAACUGGGCAGCGAUUGGAGUUGAUUAUAUCAAACUUGACUUUAUGACUCCAGGAAGUCCUGACGCCGGCGAAAACUUACCUGCGAAUAACUCUUUAGCUGCUGUGGCAUAUCAUAAGGCGAUUCAACAAGCUAGUCGCCCAAUGAGAUUAGAUCUUUCAUGGAAGCUUGACCGCAAUUCAGCGGCAGACUUCUUCCUUUGGCGUGGUAAUGCCGACGGAAUGCGGUUGGACCAAGAUAUCAACAACGCGGGCCAAAGCGCCUUUUUGGGAUUCAAUACGGUACAGCGGACCAUUGAGCAGUAUCGAAGUUUCAUAAAUCAACAAGAAGAAGAUCCAACACGCCAAAGCACUCCCAUAAUGAUCCGCCCAGAUAUGGAUAACAUGUACACCGGAAACGCUCAAGCGUUGACUGGCCUUUCAGAUGUCCAGCGAUAUACAGUUGCAAUUCACUGGGUUGGAGCAGGAGCAAAUCAGAUCACUGGCUCUGACUUGUCGCAACUUGAUACUCUUGGGAAAGAACUACUCUAUGACCCUGAAUUCCUUUCGGUUGCUGAGUUCACGAAUCAAUAUCCGAUGCAGCCAAAAAAUCCGUUCGGCACAGCGAACCCAGGUUCGCAAGCAUCUGAACAGCUCCAAGCGUGGAUUGCUGGACCUAACACAGGUAAUAAGAAUGCAGUUGUUGUUCUUGCAAACUAUGGACCAGAUUUGGGACAGGGAAGUUUUGGAACCAGCUUGCAAGGCGUCCAGCUCGUGAAUAUCUCACUGUCCCUAUUGGGGAUAGCUGAGGGUCAGCCAAACGGUGCACCAGGAUGGAGCGUGCGCAGAGUUCUCGGAGGCGGUGGCUCUGGCGGCCCUGAUCACAGUGAUAUUGGAGUCGCCACGUCGGUAAUUGCAUCGAACCUAGGCCCCGGCGAGAGCGUCCUCUACUAUCUGACCGCUACUGACUAAAUAAGAACGAUAGAAUCAUCAGUUCCUCAUACAGAAC